CAAGAUGGACGUGAUGUGUAAUCCCCUCAUCCACCCGUCAAUGAAAGCUUGCUGUUGCAGUGAUGGGACUGUUUGGAUCGUCUUGUUCAUCCUUCAUUAGAUUUGUUUGUCAGUUACAUUGUAUUUAGAAGAUAGGAAAGUUUCAUAGCCGGUGACCAGACAGUCAAGUACUGAAGUAAGCCUAUCAACAAAAUGCCAGUCAAGUUGGGAACAACAGAUCGAGAGCUGGAGUAUGUCUUGAUGAGGAAGGCCCAGCAGCAGUCUUACUUCCAAGACAUCCAGGACUUCCUGCAGGAGCAGAACACCAAGAAGCAACCAGGUCCACAGCAGUGCAGCGUGGAGGUGAUGAAGAAGAUCACCGUGGUGCUACAAGAGGAGCUGGCAAAGCAACAGUUCCAAGAUGCCGUUGUCAUGAUAUCUGCAAUCCAGUUCACCACACGAUUUCCAGAUUACCCAGCAGGGCUCCCUGUACUCCUGUCAAAUGGUUUGAUCGAUCUCCUUGCCUAUGCUUUGGAAGAGACCCAGAAGUAUGUCUCCCUCUCUGAUGGUACUGAGGUGAAUCUGACGGCAGAUUCUCUCUUUGAGGUGAUUCUGGAGACAGUCAACGAUGUUGCUGAUUUCAGCGAGCAUGCUAAAAGGCAAUCAGUGGGUGUGUUCACAGAGAAGCUCAUGCAACUCUUUGUUGACAAAAACAAAAACUUCCAUGUGCGUAUGGAGGCAAUCCGCACAUUAAAUCUCCUCUUAGAAGGAUGUUUGGAUGAAGUUAUCCAGGUGCUCCGGGAAUAUCCACCGAGUCUAAAACGCAUGGGAUUGAUGGCAGAUCUCUUGACCACAGCGGGGGAUUUUGAGAUGCAGGUAGCCUGUACUGAGUCUCUGGCCAGACUGGUCAAGCGAUCAGACAAGGCUAGCUCUAACCUGAUCAAAGACUGGUUCUCCGACCCACACUUUGCCACAGCGUUUAUGGAGAUCAGAGACGAUACCUUUGAAACGGAUUGUCGCAAAUUCCUGAACUCAAUCAAUUCCUCUCUUGGAAGCAAGCAAAGUGUGUUCUCCCUGCCUUGUCUCAGUGCUCAUCUUGGCUCCUUCAAGCUAAGAUGCCCAGAUGACGUCAACCUGCAGGACUUCUGGGUGGACUUCAAUACGGUCAGCAGGAGAAUCACCCUGUACGUGGCUGAUGAGGAACUGCAAAAGGAGAAUGAGGAAGGUGGUAUGUGGGAGACUGUCACAAUACAAAAUGAGGCAGUUGAGAAGUUCCGUCUAUCAGAGAGGGUUGGUCGACAGGCCCUGUUCAUCUCCCUGAACGUUCCUGCCUCUGAGCUUCUAGGAUUCUGUCCCAGUGAUGACAAAUGUGCACACAUUGUGUUUGAUGCUAAGGUGGACGUUCGGUGUGCUGCUGUUGCUGUGUUCGGCCAAGACAAGCUCAGGCAUUCCAAGCACAAGACUUCAGUGAGCAAGGUCAGCAUCCAGGUCCACGUCGAUGACAGCAGCAAUAGCCCUGGUCCCUGGAGGAAUAUCCGGUCAGCAGACGAGAGCAGCGACUCCAUCUCCAUACAGAGUGCCAAGAUCUACGGUUUGGGUGGUACUGAUGAUGAAUCGUCAGGGCUAAGGGCAUCGAGAUCAAAACCCAUCAAGACUGACAGUGAAGCAAGAGCACCUACUAAACAUAAGGUAUCAGUUCCGCUCAGCCCCAUGUGGACACCAACCAUGGCCAAAAAUGUGGCUACCCAGAGAUUCAGCAGCACAAAAUCAGUGGCAUCGGCAGAGUCGAGUUCGUCUGUGAAGCCACUUUGCAAGAAAUCAGAUUUUGCUCAGCCUCAAACACCAGUUACACUUAAGUCAUCAACAAAGAGGGUCAAGACACCACUCCAGAUUGUUGUUUCAGACAAAGCUACCGACAGUGCCGCCGAGUCUGAAAUCAGCUGCCCAUCCAUCGGCAAGAAGGCAUCCAUAUCAUCAGGGGUUAGUAUAAGCUCUUGCGGUACCCCUACCGGACUCCGACUAAAGCUGCAGCGAGAGGCAAUGACACGGCAGCAGCAGACCUCUGGACUGCAGGAUGCCAAGCCAGGCAGCGGGAGUAGAUCCGACCCGGGACCCACUUCGAGUGCCAGCUUCCAACAAGCAGGGAUGCAGCCACAUCCCAGCACAACCAGAUUACAGAAUGGCCUUCCCAGUCGAAUCGAUGGGCAUAGAUCUGACCCCGGAUCCAGCACAUGCAAGGAUGGCCUACCCCAGCAGAAGAGACAGCUCAGGUCUCGGGUUAAUAAACAUGACGCACCAGAGCAUCAGCAAGAACCACCGAGAAGAGAUGGGGGAUACCGGAGGGAGGAGCAAGUGUCUUCAGGAGGGGAGGAGGAAUCAAAGAGAAAGAAACCAUCAAGGAAAUUCAGAUUGUACAGCGACAGUGGAGGCAUGAUGACAGAGGCAGAAGAAGAUAGUCAAGAGGCCUCAAAUACAGACUUAGUCAUUCCCAGCACCAUUCCUACUGAGGAGAGUCCAGUGGAUGUUAUUCCUGACUCACUUCCUCCCUCUGGGCAGCUUCAGCCCGAUGAAGCAACAUCUAACACAUCUAGGAUCCAAAAUAGAUCAAACUUUGGCAGGUAUCAUCCUGUAGCCCAUAGUCCAUCCCUUAGUACACUGACUGAGGAAAGUGCACAGAGUGCCAAGGGCAGAAGUACUAAAACAACUGCGACCAUCAUCAGUGGUAGUGAAGCUCCAACUGCAAACGCCAGCCUUCAACGGAGCAAGAUGACCUUGCAGGAGGAAGUCAUUCAAGAGGUGUUGUCAGAAGAAGGAGUUCUCAGUUCACGAGUCGCAGCUGGCAGCAGUUGUCCAGAAACUUGUCACAACAGUAAGAUGGAUGCGGGCAAAGUUCAGGAGAGAUGGGAUGCCAGAGUAGGACCACAUGACAAGAACAGCAAUGCAAAAGAUGACUCUGAGAAGGUUGGCGAAAGCUGUGAGGAUGCUGAUGUUAUUAUCAUUGAUGGAGAUGAGGUUCUACCAGAUGUGCCCUCGGGGAACAAGAAACUUUCAAAACCUGAUCAAAAAGGUGAUAGAAGGGAAGAUGAGGAAGAGUACGACCAAGACACUGAUGUUGACAAGACCAAAGCUGCCAAAAAUAGAGGCAAAGCCCCAGACGACAAAUCCAGACCCCUGCCUCCCUCAAGGGCAUUUCGCAAGGUGCCUCUUCAGAUGCCGGAUUCCAGCCAGGAGCUCUUCACCUCCCAGAUGGAAGCUCGUCCCAGAAGAGGCCGGCCCACAAAGAAGGCCUGGAGAGAAGGCAACGUGAAGAAGCAGCCUAAGAAACAAGGAGGCAAGUCAGCAAAGGAGAGGCCCCCUGUGGAGGAACCUAGACUCAGGGCAAGGAGUCAACGUGCGGCAGCCAAGGCGGCCGAGAGGGAAAUACGCACACUCAGUCAGUCGUUUGACAGUUGCCCUGAAGCUAACGACAAACCUACUUCUGGGAUGGAGUCAUCAGACUCAAGUCACCCAAUCAUCAAGAAAUCCAAGGGGAAGAAGACCGAAAAUGAAACUGAAAAAAAAACAAGAACAUCUAGAUCUUUGAAGGCACUGACAAACCUAUCAGCCAGGUCAAGUCAAGAUUCUGCGGACCUGUCUGUGUAUGACUUUGUGGAAGUAGAGGUAGAGAGAUCCUCAUCUAGUGACUCUGUUGUCAAAAAACCUCAUUUGAGAACGGCCGGGGCAAGGAAAAGAGGUCAGCUUUUGAAGUCAACUCAAGAGGCACUGGACAUCUCUGUCUAUGACUUUGCAGAUUCAGAAAGCUGUCAGAGUGUCAGCCUUCAGCCAUGCAUCAAAAAGAAGCCAUCUCUUCCUACCAAGGCAGCAAGAAAUAUUCCAGCCAAGGUGAAUGCCCUUGCUCAGCAUGCUAAAUCUAGGAAACACCAGCGUGUGCAUUUGGAACAGUCAGACAAACCUCUGAAAACCUCAAAGAAGCUAUUUCGAAAUUCCCAAGAGCUUUGGGAUACAGAUGAUGAUCAAAUAAAUGUCUCGUCCAGGCUGCGAUCAAAAAACAAAACUGUGAAGCCUCCCCCAAGUCCAGAAGAGCUUUCCGACAUUGAGCAACCCAGAGAUGCACCACAAAUGUCAUUCCUCUCGAGGAAUGCCCAACUGUCUCCAGUAGAAUCCAGUGAUGACCAGUACCUUGACCAGGAUGUGCACAGCUUUGUCAAAAGUUUCACCAACAGAGAAAGGAAAAGGGCUGCGGAAGCAGUGAGUGAGCUGAUGUCUGAAAGCAGAAAAAGCAGAUGUCAGACAGACAAGAGGGGAGAGAAAUCAAGAAGGGAGAGGCCUCGAUCUGGUAGAAACACAUAUGUCCUGGACAAGGAACAAGUAGAGAGGCCGAGCAAGAAAUCCUCAACAGCAUCUGUGGAAAAGCAGCGGCAGUCCUCCAGGGAGCCAAUCAGCAGUCGCAAGCCAUCAUGGAGGAGGAAAGGAUCAAGCUUUGGAGUGGAGAUUGUCGAAGAUGAGUCGGAGGAAGUCCCCAAUCGAGAAGAUGCUGUCAGUAUUUCCAGUGACGACGACGCCAACACAGACACUGUGUCCGUGGAGAACUUCAGCAAGGUUUGCCAGAGUUUGGUCAAUAAGUCAGGUCGAGGACUAGCAACAAAACAGUCAUACAGGAACAUCCCUAAGAUCUAUUAUCAAAGCCAAGACAGUGAAUGGCAGUCAAAUGACGAGGAACACGAGGGGGCACAGGAGGAGGAGCCAGGCAGUCUGGCAGCUUCUCCUGAGCCACCGCGCCGCUCCAGCAAGAAGCGGCGUGAACCCGAUGUUGUCAGCGAAAGAAGUUGGUUGGCCGAGAAACCCAUGCAGAAGGUUUGCACUUACUCCAAGACCCACAAGAAGGAGUGGGUGUCGCUCACCUCCACGAUAAACCUGGACACCACGGUCAAGAAGAAACCCAGACUGAACAAGAGAAAGCCGAGAAAGAAGAAGGACGAGAAACCGGCUCUGCCUAGGAAGAGGAAACAGAAUCCACUGAAGAGCUCCCAGGAGGCAGACGUAGACAGCCUGGACAUGUGCUUGUUCUACUACAGGGAGAAUCACGAGUCCAGCAGUCUGUCGGACAGCCAGCUGAGGCGUAGCUCUGCCAACAAGACCCUGUUGGACAACUCCACCAGAAGUGAAAAGACCGUCAAGUCCAUGCCCCGGUGCACCAGCACACCUUGGUCGCUGCACUGGUCCUCCCAAGAGGAAGGCAAGGAGGAGGAGUCCAGCAUAGAGGUCGCCAGGGAUGAUCCCGACAGAGCCACUGGUGACAUAGAGGAGGACCUCUACCCGCUCACUCCCUCGGUCUUGGUUGAGGACAUGCAGGCCGGGGGCCGGCCUGACCUGGUCACUCCCAAAUCCCUAAAGAUCUCCUCGUCCAUCUCCAGCCGAGGCACAAGCUCCUCGGGGAAAACACCCAAGCAAGUCACCUUUGACUCUGAUCCAAAUUAUGCUGAAGACUUCACACCAGUGAUAGAAGAAGAUUGUCUCAAGUCAGGUCCGUCCUCCAGGGCUUGUCCUACUGCCUCAACACUUAAGCGGAAGUAUGGCGACAUCUUCAACGAUGACGACGGAGAAGAUGACGGGGCACAGGUUGAUGGAGACACAGUAGUCAGCUCUGACGGUGAAGAUGCUGACGGUGACGUGCCACCUUGUGGACUAGUGCCUCACUCUGGCCAGGGGUCGCUGAGACCAAAGAAGCUCUUCAAAGCACGCAUGACUACUACCAGCUCAAAUUCUCCAGAGGUGGAGAUGGAAGACACCGAAGACACCAGCACCGGUGACAUCCCAUCCUCUUUUCAGUCCUUGGGGAGCUUCCCGACGAUGCAGAUCACCAAGAUGUUCAAGACGAUCACCAGCACUCACAAGCAGAGAAUGCUGACCGAGCAGAGACAGGCCCGACAGCUGACCGAAGGAGCAGUGAAGACAACCAAGAGAGAGGUGUCCAAGCUCUGGUCCCAGCAGCACCAAGCAAGGAGCGAAGCUCAGGAGGAGUUUAAGAGCCGCCUGCUGGCCGAAAUCGUCUCCCUGGAGGACGAGCUGGGUCACUUAAAGGAUGUCCAGAGAGAGCUGCAGGCAACACUGGAGCAGCACUGUCACAUGACGGCCUCCACUCUGCUCAAGCACAUACAGCGGGUGAAGUCACUGCACAGCCAACACGAGACGGACUCCGGGGAGCUGAACCGGCAGCUGGGCCGGCACCUGCAGCACGGCGUCAGGCAGGUGCUGCACCAAGAGAUGGUCAACAUGCACAAGCUGCUCAUUCAAGACGCUCAACAACAUGAACUGCAGCAAAUGAGGAAAGGACUGCUGAACAUCUUCAGGGUGUAGCAGAAAAGAUGAAAGGACAGUUUACACCAAUUUAGUUUAUAAGAUAUGUAAUGUUUUGCUUUGCUGAAGCAAGCGAAGAUGUUGAUGUUUUUAAAAACUCUGGCUGUUACAUUUGUUGCUUCUGUUGUUCUCUCUGGAAUUGUUUCCCUAAUUAAUUUUUAUGGACAGACGUUUGCCAUUUUCUAAACCGCUCACAACAGCAGUGCAUGCUUUUGGUUGUUCCGAAAAUUUUUGACCAAUUCUAAUUUUCCAGUUUUUCACGUUAAAUUUUUAAUGAUGAUGUUUACUUUAUAGGAUGAACUGAUAGACAGUUGAAUUGAUUAACUUUAACCCUCUGAGCAUUUUGGAAGGAAGCUUCCUCCUCAGUCUUCCAAACUCAUCCUCUCUUCAGGAAAUCAACAGCAAAUUCUGUGUACUUCAACAUUAUUAAGGGGCAUCGUGGACCGAGUCCCGUAGCAAGAAAUAUUGUUGGCUGGACUCUACCUUCCCAAAUGUUAGAAAAUUUUCCAGAACCUCUUGACAGUAUUUGAAAGACCUGAGAUGGUGUGCACUUGUACACUCGAUAAAAAAAAGAAAACAGGAAGGGGGUGUGGAAUUUGUUCCCUGCUCAUGGGAAUUGAAAUGAUAUCACCGUUGCUCAGGUAAUGACAAGAACAAGUUGGCCUGAUUACACAUUUAAUUUAGGAAUCACUUUUCCGAGAUUUCAAAAACAAGUAUUACCUCAUGGUAAAGAAAGUUAUGAAAUAGGUUUUACAUUCCAGCUGUGACCUCCCAUAGAGGUAAUGGUAGGCAAUAGCAUCGUAGUUUGUGUAAUGUUUUGCUCAUUGCGCAAAAACAGCCUUUAAGGUUGUAAAUAUUAUUUGAAGUUGCUACUCUUUAGGACUGAUUUAUGAAAAACAUUUCUUAAUCGGAAAAAGAAUUCGAAGUCAAGAAAAGUUUAGGAAAUUGUUGCAAAGUGUGCUUUUGCCUCUAAUAUUACAGAGUGGGACUUCGAGAUUCUGUUUUGAACAAAUUAAGUUAUGAAGUUUGGUUUAUGUUUUAUAGUGUUGAACUAUAAUUUUGAAUUCUGAAAUAAAAAAUGUUCUA